GCGGCCAUGGCGGAGCCGCUGCGGAGCGCGGACGCGGGCGGCGCCGUCUACCGCUCCCGCGACCCCCUGCGCAACCUGCGCCUCCGGGUCCGCAUCCAGCGGGUGGCCUCGGCUGGGCCCCUCCUGCCGCAGGCCCCGCCGCCGCUCGCCGGCCCCGAGCUCCCGGGUCUGGCUGACCGCGCCGCCGCCGGCGCUCGGUGGCCCCCGCAGGAGGAGGAGGAGGAGGCCGAGGUGGGGUGGCAGGAGAAGCUCUUCAGCCAGUUUGAGGUGGAUCUGUACCAAAAUGAGUCUGCCUGCCAGACUCCCCUGGACCAGCAGUACCAUGAGGAGAUCCUGAAACUGGAAAAAUCUGGAGGUCGGAAGAACUAUCGCAUCUUCACCUACACUGAUCAUGACCGAUUCACCAACCUAGAGGAGCACUGCCAGAAGGUAACUGACUCAGAUCAUGAGGUGCCGUCGUAUCUGGCAGAGAGGAUGGCCAAUGUGAGGCGAAGAAGACAAGACCGUAGGCCAAUAGAAGCAAGUUCUCUAAAGUCGAAAAUCAUCACCUGGGAACCCUCAGAGGAAUUUAUAAAGAACAAUCAUGUGAUUAAUACUCCUGUCCAGACCAUGUACAUCAUGGGAGACUUGGGACCUUAUGGGAAGCUUGGUCACAGGGAGUAUGAACGUGUUCUUUGCACAAUCAAGGUGGAUGGCAAUGGGGUGAUCACAGUGAAGCCUGACUUCAAUGGCAGCAAAGGAGCCUACCGGAUCGAGCUGGAUGGAGAGAAGCGAGAUGUGUGGAAAUACACCAUUGAGAAUGCAUCUGUCCAAGUGCAGCCCGAGGAGGAGGAGCGUGAGCAGUGUGUGUUCAGAGAUCUGUAUGGUCGACACAAGGAAUAUCUCAGUGGUCUCGUAGGCUCAGAAUUUGAAAUGACUCUUCCUGGUACACUACGGCUUUUUGUGAAUGGAGAAAUAGUUUCAGCACAAGGCUAUGAGUAUGACAACCUUUAUGUUCAUUUCUUCCUGGAGCUGCCUAGCAAGUGGUCAAGCCCCACGUUCCAGCAGCUCUCAGGAGUGACACAGACGUGUGCUACCAAGAAGGUGGGCUGGGAUAACGUGGCAAACUUCUGCUACCCCUUCACUUUGGAGAUGUUUUUUACCCAAGGAGAUGAAUCAGAAGACAGUCUCCCUCAAUGGCCUGUUCUCUACUUUGAAGUCCUGUCCCUGGAUUUCUGGCAGAGGUAUCGUGUUGAAGGAUAUGGUUCUUUGGUGCUGCCAGCAUCUCCAGGUCUCCACAUACUCACAAUCCCUACCUGGCGCCCCAUGGAGCUGGGGACAAUCGCUGAGCUGAGGAGAUUUUUCAUUGGUGGAUCUCCAGAGCUGGAGGACAUCACCUACGUCAGGAUACCAUCAACCUUCAAGGGAGAGCGUCUGAGCCGCUUUGGUUUUCGCACAGAGACAACAGGGAGCGUCACGUUCCGGCUUUACUGCCUGCAGCAGUCUAAAGACUUUCUGGAAAGCAGUGCCCUGAGGCAGCGCAUGCAGGGUGUACUGGACCGGCUUGGAGGUUCCAGCCAGCAGAGCUCUGUCUACAACGUUUUGGGCUGUCUGAUGCAUUCCAGCUUGCUGUCACCUGCUGUGUUGUAGAGGCUUUCCAGAGGGCACGGCGCCGGAUGCAGGAAGCAAGGGAGAGCCUUCCUCAAGACCUUGUCAGCACCUCUGCCUCCACUGCGCAGCAGUCACAGGAGCCAUGAUGGACCACCUCUGCUGCCUGACCACACUCAGCAUCUUCUCUCCAACACAAGCUCGGUUGCUCAGUGGGAGUCACAGUGCUGGUGCCUGGAAGCUUUUGAAGCCCUUCCUUUCUCAUUUUCCGGGGUGGGGGAAGGAGUCUGAAACACAUCCAGACCCAGGAUGUUUCCAUGUCCACAAGUACCUGUGGAAGGAACCCCAUUUUUUCAAGGCAUUUUAUUACCAGGCCUUAACAAUGUGGCCAAUUAUUCAUAUUUCUACUGAGCGGACUAAAAUACUGGCAUGGGACCUGUGAACCCUUUUCAGGAAUUGAGUAGUAAAUGAUUAGAAAAAAUUCAAGUCUACAUGACUUGGUAAAUUUGGUUUUCUUCUUAAAGAAGAGGGUGAUGUUGAAGGUCAAGGCAUGAGUGUUGUUUGAGAUUUAAUGAAAUGAGUAGAUAACUUCUUGAGAAGCGCUGAUAAUUGUCGGCAUUUGUAGCUUUAGGGCAGUCAAUAGUAAAAUGAAUCUGUCCACCUGUGCUUUAA